AUGCUUUUGUUGCCCCGAAGAGAGAUAGAGACCGCUGCUAAGCAACGGAUUGGAAGUAAUUGGAUUGGAGCGUUGCUAGUGGGCAGCAGCUCGGAUAUUGAAAAGGCAGGCCGCGAAGCUCUCGAUUAUGCUAGGGACUUGGAGGAUAUUCGACCGCAGCUAGCUCCGUGGAUUCAAUCUUUCCCCCACCUACGAGCAGCAAAGAGAAGCGCCAGCAGCAAUGUCCUUGUGCCUAGCAUCGCCAUCAUUGGGAUCAUACAGGAGAAAGCGAAAUUUGACCAUCCUCAUGCAAUCGGUUACAGGUUAAAUCAAAGGCUUCCCCCUUGCAAUUCAAUCACUACACUUGCAUGGGUUAUUGCAAUAGAUGGAAGUCCAUUAACAUUUCUGGGAAUGGUAUACAUGGAUGGAUGGAUUAGGUGA